AUGUCGUCUCUCAGGUUUGGGUCGAUCCCAAAGAUCGGUCGGUCUGAGGAAAAGGGCGUGGCAGCGAAAACAGCCCCCUCAAAGUUAACAAAUGCAACUAGACAAGGUUCUGUCGACAAUUGGACCGGUCCUGCUGUCAAGAGUGCCCGACCAGACAUGGAAACCUCAAGACUUCAGACACCAGGUGUGCCAAGCUCCAGCAGGAUACCUCAGGGACCAGCCAGGAGACCACAGCCUAGGCAAGGGGGCUCACGGCCACCAUUAACACAUCAGGACAAGUCCUGGGGAUCUGGCUCUACGCAAACUAUUAUAUCUGGCCCUGCCAGGUCAGCCUCUGGAUCGGUCCCGGACCGAUCUACUACGCCCGUGGAGGAUCGGAAACGACCAGUCCGAAAUGUUCUGCGAAGAAGGUCUUCGAACAUGAUCCAAGAGGCCGUUGAACAUCGUAAAGAAAUCAGGAUGGUCCCGCAAAGGAACGACUCUGCGUCCUCUGUACCUCGCUCUGUAAUGUCACCAGAAUCUUUCACCAGCUCACAAUACGAUCGAAGCAUCACCGAGUCGCCCGCCGAGAUCCAAGUUGCGAUGCGGGUCGAGCUCCCAACAACAAACGCUCAAACAGUACGGAUCUAUCCAGAGUUGGAUCGUUAUGGAGGCGGAAGACCAUACCAUGCAGGUAGCGGUUCUUCGAUAGAAGUCCCCUACCCCCUUUCAACCCACGAUCUUCCGCCGCCCACGCCUCUCUUCUCCGGAACCAGCAGCCAAAUCAGCGGCUACAGCGGCAGUCCUUCUACUGGAUUCUCUGGUUCUCCCGGUAUUUGUCCAUACAGCAGAGACACCACUCCCACAACAUCAAUUCCGUCGCAUUCGCCGGCACUGGUUGCGCCUGGACGAUUUGCUACCGCUAAACUGAAACAGAACAGUCCAGCUGGCGCUCAGAGUUCCAGGCCGCCAGUCACAAGGAGGAGAGCCGGAAGCAUACCAAAUGAAACCGGCGGUGCGGCGAGCGCCGAUCCUCAUGGCCUUGCAGCCGUCAGGGAGGCACUAUACUCCUCCUCAUCAGGCUCGACAGUCCGCGAUGGCGACAGGAAACCCGACCUUGAACGAGAGCCUGAAGGGGAAAAGAGGACCAGGAGAAGACUCGGUACCGUGCCUCCUAGCCCUCCUCCCAGAACAUCAUCCGAGAGAAACAAGGACAGAGGCCUAGAGGCGUCUCCUUCAAAGCAAGCUCGUCAGCCCGCACCACCAAUGAUGACCACGCAGACGACAGAAGGACGCGUGCAAAAACCUCCUAUUAGUAGGAUACAACCUCCCAGCCUCUCUGUUAUGCCCCCAAGGGCAACACCUCCGAUCAGGCCGAGUCGAGAUGGAACUCCGGAUUUGCUCUCGCAGUAUGGGAUGCCGGUGCCCAUUAUCCACAGCAAUCUUUCGUCAACUUCCAUCGGUGAGAGACGCCAGAGCCUUCCCAUGAGCCCUGGAACCAGCGCUGUUGCCAGCCCAAACUAUCAGAGUGCCCGUUCUGUGACACCUUCCCAGCAGCCACCGCAAUCCAAACUUCCUCUUGGACGCGAGCCCACUCCUGCACCGCGGACCGUUGAGACUCGCAGACCCAGCCAUGGAUCAGCGACCAGCCGGAGUCCCAGCCCCGGCGUCACGAACUUCAGGACGCGAUUUCUCUUCGGGCGACGUAAGACUGCUGGCGAUGAACCUUCAAAGGCUCCAGAAAAGCCCACUGAAAAGAAAGAAAAGCCUGUUCGAAAAGGGCCUGCUGCCGGUACGGGACACGAAGGUUAUGGGCGUGUCGGCAUGCCUCACAGGCGCCGCAGCAGCCUCAGCCGCGGAAUCGCCGGCACAAUGUCCUCCCAGGAAAGCCUGGAGAGUAGGUUGUCCGACGAUCCGUUUCUGCUAGAGCGUACUAAGCCCGUCGUGAUCGCUGGCGGUGAGGUUGUUCAGAACAACAACAUUGGACCCGCGAAAAGUGACCAGAAUCUGUUGGCGGGUGCACCAAGGAACAUGUCGGAUAUCUCGCUGUCAUCUCAAGGCGACCGUAAUACCUUGUGGCCAUCACCCUUUCCCAAAACCUCCACAGCUGGUAGCCGCCGUCCAUCAGAUGUCAGCGACUCCGAGGGACCGGCCUUGGAAAUGAGGUCUACUCUGGCUUAUAGAAGGUCCAUCCAAAAGCUCAAGGACGGAGGAGACCAGUCAGCCUUGCGACUCCCGAAGCCCAUCAACACCCGGUCGCCACGAGAGAUCACUUCGCCGACCAUGACCAGCCACGACACGAGCAUCCUAUCGGACGAUAGUAUAAUCGAAAUGACUACUGGCCGUGUGUUGCAGGGACCAAGAGCAACGCCGCCAGUCGCCGUCGGCCCCAAGAAACUAACCAAGAGAGCCAAGUCGCCACGUAGGUGGAACAUCUUUGGACGUUCAAGCAGCCAGGUGCCGUCCACGACAAGCAGAGAACCAACUCCAGUGGAAUCCCGCAAGGUAACAGCCCAAGUGCAGGUCAAGCCGGCUCCUAAAGCCAAGGCUUUCUAUACUAUGGACAUGUCGGAGCAUGAAGACAACGGUGACCCCGAAGCUGCGGUGCAGAAAGCAGUAUUGGAGGCGCAGCUACUCGAGUCACCCCCUCAACAGCCGGUGCAGCCUCAGCCAGCAACACAGCCGCAUAUACCACCGAUGGGUAGGCGCCAAUCUGUACGCAGAUCGAUCACGAGCCCGACAGAGUCAAGACGUGGCGGCCUUGAUGAAAUACAAGCCCAGGCAGGGGCUUCCAAGCUCCCAAUGGGUGCGAGUAAGCGUGCUUCGCUCACCAAGUCAAAGCCUUCCGAGAGUGUUCCCCGCCGUGGCGUCGUCUCGCCGCAACUGCGAUCUCCACCAGCAACGGUACCGACAUAUAGACGGCCUUCUGUCAGUAGAACCGCUUCAGCUGAUCAAGAUUCUAAGCGCGGCGGUCUUGUUGAGCCCGUAUUCCAAGUGCAGAAGACGCAGCAGCCACCAAAGGUCGAGAAAAACACGGCUCCGACUCAAGAGUCUUCAGCACCCUCAACCAGACCAUCUAUUCCGGAGCAGCAGCCGGCAACCGGGAGAACUGGGCGACCCAGCCGCCUGCCCCAGGUUGGUCGAAUUCCCAAGGUAGUAAGCGCUCGGCCUGAGCCCACAUCGCCAAAGAGCUUUUCGCGCCCUUUCCACCGGAUCAGUCUCCUGCCACCCUCCCGCGACGAAACUCGUGACAUGACCUCGAUAGCAAAGGGACCAAGUCCGCCCAAGCCCGCAAGCCCUGAGCUAGAGCCCGCUGAGUGCUUCUCGGAUGAUGAAAUGGAGACAACGGAUGCGCACAACACUCACACCGUUACAAACUCUCCCCAGCGUCUUUCACGAGAGAUGACACCUGACAUUGGCAAGUUCAUCAACGACUUUCUCUCGUUCUCACCGCGCAAAAACUCGCACUCGACAUCAUGCACGACUACUUCCUCGAGCUCCAACGGCAUGUAUUGCUAUGCAGAUGCUACCGCUGUGGUACCGGCUCCUAAUGCACCCCUUGCUGAGGACGAGGUUUGGUUGGAAUAUGACGACUUGAUCGGUGAGGAAGGCCUCAGAAUCCCGCCCUCUCCAAGCUCGUCUCAUGGCACGCCUUUCCAUUUGGAAGAAUACGCCGCGAGUUUGACGAAACCGACUGGAGAGCAGUUGGAGUCUCCUACUUUCUGUCCCCAUCCGGCUCCACAAGUAGAGAGGAUUGAUGUUGUGGAGGAUGACCGUGAGAAGCAGCAAAUUCCGUCGAGCAUCUACAGUACCGACGAGACCAACAUUCUGAACGAGGCUUUGGAGAUGGGAAUCAUUCCGAUUUCGUCACCUUUUGUUACUCAAGAUUUAUCCAAUGAUUACAAAGAGGUCGAUAAGCAGAAGCAAGCUCUGCCACCCACGCCACAGGCUAUUGCUGUUGACACGGCUGCGGCAUCAAGCGCAUCGGCUCGUAUUGCCGCCCAACGUAGCGCCGCGUCCUCUUCAGUCAACGACAGUCCCCGCCGCAAGAACAACAAGCGCGUAUCGGUUUCGAGUGGCUCAAGUGGCCUGAGUGACGACAACUCGCCCCUGUCACAGGUCAACCUGCGCGUUGGCUCGAUGACUGUGAGCAAAUGGCUCACGUUUGGCCACGUACUGUUCAGCCCCGUGCGUGAUGAACUUGUUCCUGUUGAUGGGUCCCUCAAGAGACAUUCGAUCCUGGUCAUAGAUGGCCUUGGUAACGACGAUUGGUCGUUUUACGCAGCCGAAACACAUCCCGAGGCGACCUUUUUCAACCUCUCGCCACGGGCUCCGUUGCCCAAGCCGUCGCAGAAGAACGCCGAAGGCAGUUUCCCUCUGAGCCCGCCGAAUCACCAUCAAAUUCAGUACAAGUCACACAUGGACAAGUUUCCAUUCGGCGCUGAGAGUUUCAUUGCAGUUGUCUUCCGAUUCCCAGCUGCAGCACCCGAGGCGCACUUCAGGAACAUUGUGGCCGAGGCACAUCGAGUGCUCAAGCCAGGUGGGUUCAUCGAGCUGUCGAUUCUGGACCUCGACCUCAACAACAUGGGCAACCGGUCUCGGCGGAUGGUACGUCGCCUCAAGGAGCGCAUCCACGCCGUCGCCCCAGAGACUUGCCUCAGCAGCACGGCGGAUCUGCUGCUCAAGUUGGUCGGGCGCAAGGGCUUCGUCGACGUCAAGUCGUGCCGGGUCGGAGUGCCCGUUGCGUCGGCGACUCCCGGGGGCCCACCGACGACAUCCAAGGCAAAGGCCAGGCGGAGGGACGAGCGCUCCCUCGCCGAGAUGAUAUCGGAUGACGGCCCCGUGGCGGACGAAAGCAUCACCAAGAUGGUGGCCAAGGUGGGCCGAUGGUGGUUCAGCCGCUGCUACGAGAACGGGGUGCUCGGCGCCAACAGCAUGUGGAACGACCGGUGCCUGUUGGGCGAGUGCGAGGAGUGGGGGACGAGUCUCAAGCUGAUGGUUUGUCAUGCUCGAGUCCCAGACGCAAGGGCAAGAGUUGCGAGUAUUUGA